AUGCCGUCCGACAGGGCGGGCAAAGGCGGGAAGAGGGGGAGCCGGGGCGGGAAAGUGCCCAACGGCGGCACAACGGGCGGCGGCGGAGCCGGUGGUGUCGUGAGCCCGCCGAGGUACCCCCGCAAGGAGCACACGCUGGCGCAUUUUGACGACACUCGCCUGGAUCCGUUUUAUUGGCUGCGUGACCGCCGGAACCCGGAGGUGAGACGACUGCUGCGGCGCGAGAACGCGCACAUGGAGUCGGUGUUUGCGGCAUACGGCGGAGAUCGGCUGUGUCGCACCCUCUUUAGUGAAAUGCGAGCCCGCUGGAAGGAGGACGAUGCCUCGCUGCCGCACCGCGAACGUGGCUACUGGUACUACACCCGCACGGUGCCCAAUGCGGACCACCCAAUCUUCUGCCGCCGCCCGUUUACGGAGGCAACGGCGGGAUUCAUGCAUGAGGCGGCGGAGAUGUGGAGCCGCAACCCCGCCGCCACCCUGCCUCCCUACGACGACGAGGUGGUGUACCUCGACAUGAACCUCCUCGUGCGGGAGCUGCGACUCGGCUACGCUGAGCUGGGCGACGUGGAGGUGUCCGCCGACGGACAGCGCCUCGCCCUGACGCUGGACUGCAGCAACGGAAAGGAGCUCUUCACCAUCUUCCUGCUCGACAUCACCGACGUGAACUACGCGCGGUGGCUGAAUGAGCGGUCGGAGCUGCACCGCGCGUGGGCGGAGGCGGCGAUGCGCUCGGACCAGUCCAUCUACGCCUCCCCCGCGUCUCUUCUCCCGGCACACCGCAGCCCCACGACACCCGCCGGAAGCAGCAGCAGCGGCGGUGGCGGUGGCGGUGGCGGUGGCGGUGGCGGUGACGGGGGUGCCCCAAAGUUGGGCGGCGGUGCCCACGCGAUGAAGAGGAAGACGGAGAAAAAUCACGCGGUGGCCGCCCCCUCUGCAUUCUCGUCUUCCGCCUCGCUGUCCACAACGGCGGCGUCGACGCAACGAGCGGAGCCGGCACACAAGGUGCUACGUCGAAUCGACGUUUUUGAUGCCGCGGAUGAGGUGCUGUGGCUCUCCCCUACCUCGCUGCUCUACGUCGGCGUGGACGGGAAGAUGCGCUCCUGCCGCGUCAUUUACCACGACCUCACCGCCGCCGCAAACGCCGAAGACGCCGACAUCAUCUGCUACGAAGAGACGGAUGAGGCGUUUUGGGUCAGUUCCCUUUGCUUCUCCGCGGAUGGGCGGUUUGCCAUGUUCACCGUCGCCUCAGGGAGUUGCACGGAGGUGUACGUCAUUCCCUGCGAGGCGGGGGUGGAGCGAUGCGUCAUCGGGGUUCCUGCGGCUCCGCACCCCGCGGCAAAGGAGGAGGGGGCGGAAUUCCACACCCGUACGUGCGCGGUGCACUGCUUUGCGGAUCGGCACGCGGGCAUGGACUACGACGUUGACCACCACAAGUCACUCUUCGGGGAGGACUUGGGCGCGUGGGUGGUGACGAUGACAAGCGCCCCACCGGGGCCGGGAGACUUCCGCGUGGCGUACGUCUUGGACGACGACGAGGACCGCGGCGGUGCUGGGCCUGGGCGAACACUCUCGGACCCUGCGCGUUGGCGACCGCUCUUUACACAUGACCCUGGCAUCAGCGUUGAGGGCGUGGAAUGCAUGCGGGACUAUCUGCUUCUCACCGUGAGGCGUGCAGCGGCGUCGACGGUGCUGCUGUUGCCCGUGCGCGUGCUCUGGGACCGUUGGCGCGACUGUGGCGCGGGGAAUAUGCCUCCGCUCUCCCUACGGGACGAUACAGUGGACCUUCGCCACGUUGUCUGCCGCCCGUUCCGCUUGCCGGGGGAGGUGCGUUUCCCUGUAGCUCAACUGCUGCAGGAGCAGCAGGGGCAGAAACCGGGCGAGGACGAGGCGGGAUAUAUUUCUCAUCUCAUGAGUUCCACGGACGACGUCGCCUUUAAUACUCCAACGUGGCGUAUUGUCGUGACCCACCUUACGCUGCCCACCUUUCUCAUCGAGUGUACGCUGGAGGGGGCGGGCGACACAUUGUGCGCUAGGCGUUUAUGCGAGGUGGGGGUAGGUGGGAGGCCGUAUCACGCCGAUGAGUACGACGCCGCCGUUGUGUGGGUCCCGUCGGACUACGCGUUUCGCGACGGGGCGCCGGCGCCACUGCUGCAGCCGCUGCCCACGAAGGAGCCCUCCGCGGUGGUGCGUGUGCCGGUGUUCCUCUGCUGGAAGAAGUCGCUUCGCCGCGACGGCGAAAACCCCAUGCUGCUGACAGUCUACGGCUCCUACGGCGACUGCUGCGACGCUGCCUUUGAGACGGAGCGGCUUGCACUCCUGGACCGCGGCUUCGUGUGGGCGGCGGCGGCGGUUCGCGGCGGCGGCGAGCUUGGCAUCCCGUGGCGCGACGCGGGUCGCAGGCUGCAGCGGGCAACGAGCGUCAACGACUUUGUGAGCGUCUCGUGUUAUCUGCAGGAGACUGGCUGGUGCGCGGCGGGUCGACUCGUGACGCACGGCUCUUCGGCUGGCGGGUUUGUGGUGGCGGCGGCGAUGUGCGUUGCGCCGUCGCUCCCGCUCGCCGUCGUUGCGUCGGUGCCGUUUGUCGACUGCCUGACGACCCUCAUGGACGACAGCCUCCCGCUCACCGUUUGCGAGUGGGAGGAGUUCGGCAACCCGCGCGACGACGCCGACGCCUACCGCCUGCUCCGCCGCAUGUCGCCGAUGGACAACAUUCCUCCGGCGGGCGUCGCACUGCCGCACAUGCUGCUGCUGACGGCGUGGCACGACACGCGCGUCGGGUAUUGGGAGUCGCUCGCAUUUACCGCCCGACUGCGGGCGCGCGCGGAGGCGGGAGACGCGGCCCCGGGGCGGCAGAUGAUUCUGCACUACUGCGACUUUGGCGUAGGCCACGGCGGGUCCACGGGGCGGUACGAGAAGCUGCGGGAAAUUGCGCGCGAGUACGCCUUUGCGCUGCUAAUCCAGCAAGCCAAGGCUGCGCCCCGCGUGGGUCCAUAA